AAAUACGCCACUGAGACUGGAAAAUGACUUACCUGUCCCUACAAGUGCCGCUGUCUUUGUUGAGGAGCAACGCAAAUUUGUCAAGCUAACUAGCCCGAACCAUGUUCUAAAUGAACAUGUUCCUACACGUCCCGAGUGUCAUGACGAACACGACAGUCUAAUGGAAUUCUUCUCUAGCGCAGGAUACAACACAGCAACCAACAUGUUGGAUGCAUGCAAUGUCGGCGACCGGACCUCCAGGUUCCGGUGGUUCUGCCUGGCCAGUAAGAAAACAAUUACGUCUUUUGAUGUAUGUAGGGUGAGUAAGAUGAGUGUUCAUCCAAAACCCAUGGAAGACAUUUUGGAGGAAGAAAAUGCUGAGAUGUCAUAUAAGAAGGAUACAGCCAAGCAAUUUGUGCCCGGCACCGUAUCGAACCUUUUCCAGCGUUUCAAAUCAGGCCAAUAUAAGUGCAAAUCUGUGCUUCCACAUGAGAAUGCCUUUGUCUGUGUCCUACUGUCUUGGAUACAUGGUAAAUCCACAAAAGGUUGCAUCCCUGAAUUUGGCAUUGCUGACAACGGCGACAUCAAUUUGACGAAUAGCUCGUCCAACGGCUCUGCUGUAGCGUAUAUCUACUCAUUAUUACUGCGCCAAUUCCCCGGGGCCUCUGUGUCGCUUCGCUGCAGCUUCCAGCUGCUGUAUCAGCGCGACCCUCCCCAAUGCGAUGUGUAUUUUGGCGCCCGUACUGGCGAUCAGGGAAUAUACUUCGCCUGUAGCCUCUCCCACUCUUCGUCUUCUGUCUCUCGCCAGCAGGUAGUCGACGCAAUGAAUGCAAGGCCGCGGAGCGCGCGCCUUGCACCCGGGGGAGAAAUCCUAUUUGAGGAUGCUAUGAACUACCUGCGUUCACACGUCAGGGCAACUCUUUGUCAUAGCCAUAGCCGUUUUCACACUGGCGAUCCGUACUUAAACAAGAAGAAGGGUACUACAGGUUAUCUCACAUCUGGUCCGGCACCCACCAUCACCAGUGACAUGAAUGCAUGA